CCCCAAUAGAGUAACAAUGGCAAUACAGGUGCUCAUACCCAUACUGCUGUUCUGUUCUGAGGCCUUCGGUCAAUCCUCAAUGCCCACGGACUGUGCCGACAUCUACGACCAAGGCCUCAAAGCAAGUGGAGUUUACACCAUAUACCCUGCAGGCCCCACGUCGCCUCAGUACUCAUACUGUGAUAUGGAGACAGAUGGCGGGAAGUGGACCGUGUUUCAGAGGAGAAUGGAUGGGAGUGUGAACUUCUACAGAGGAUGGGAGCAGUACAAGAAUGGCUUUGGACAUGCAGCUGGAGAAUACUGGCUGGGUUUGGAAGCCAUCCAUCGCCUCACUGCAAAGGGAAACUAUGAGCUGAGAGUAGACAUGGAGGACUUUAAGGGGAAUAAAGCAUUUGCCAAAUACUCCUCGUUUUCCAUUUGCAACGAACUGGACGGCUACAGGCUCACAGUGAGCGGUUUUCAAAAUGGAGGCGCUGGGGAUUCUUUGACUUACCACAAUGAACAGAAGUUUACCACAUUUGACCGUGACCAAGACUUACAUGGUAGCAACUGUGCAUUCACUGUAAUGGGACCAUUUUGGCACAACUCUUGCUACUACGCAAACCCAAACGGCCUGUACACCUGGGGUCAAAACUCUCUGCUCGGAGCGAACUGGCGAGGCUGGAAAGAGUUCAAUUCUUUAAAGGCUAUUUCCAUGAAGAUACGACCACUAAUGAACUAACCUGUACACCAUUUCCUCAUCUCUGUUACAUGUAUGAUGCAAUAAAAAUAUUUAUUUUUAAAUCAAA